CCUCACCCUAAACGACGAUGUCCUCGACGUUGGAACCAGCACUCACCCUGCGGCAGGCUAUAAAGGCGAGGCAAAACGUCACCUACACUAACAGCGACGGCCCUUGUUCGUCCUUAUCGUCUGCCACACACCUUGUCAUUCCUCCCCAUACCUUUGCAAAGUCGGCGCCUACUCGUUUUCGCAAGGUCGACGUGACAACCGCCACAGGCCCUCAAGACUUUUACACUCUCGAUGCACUGUAUCUUGCGUGGUCGCUCCAACAUGCAUCUGCUGCCGACUACUACGAGACAGGCUCGAGAGAACGGGCUGAACAUCGGUUUCGUUGUGGAUUGGCUGGAGGGCAAGGGCUCCGAACUAUCAAUUUUUCUCGUGCAGGCGAGACGACUACACCACCAGGAACACCACCACCACGUUCGAGUAAUUUGGCUUCAUCGUCACCGGGAAAAUCAAAGGUCGCGGACACGCCUUCGUCAUCGAAUAAGCGACGUUAUAUUGCCGAUUCGCAUGACCUAGAAGUCGUCAAGAAGAUUAAGCAUUCCGUCCUGCGGGGGACAAAACACAACAAUUUCUCUUCCAUUAAAACCAUAUAUGCCGAUAAACUGAAGAAAAUGCGGGAAGCAAGCAAGCCUGGCGCACCGGCGUCUACUCCGGCACCAACACCAGAUCUCAAAAUGCAAGCCCGAAAAGCCCGAAACAACUUCCCGAUUAUUAUGAUAUCCUCUUCACCCACUGCGCUCAUCACAAUGCACAAUGUCAAACGCUUCUUACAAGAAUCUGUCUUUGAAACAUCUCAAGCGGCUCGCGAGCGUGCCAAGGCCGAAGGAAAUACGAAGCCUGAUGACCUUAUUCCCAUCUACCGCAAGUUGACUCACAUUGACCCCAGCGGAAGGGAGACAUCAACCCACGCUAGAUAUCUGGUAGUUGAUUCUGUUGAAGCUCUAUCGAAAUUCGGAGCAGACGCGUGGGAUCGUGUCGUAUGCGUCAUGACUACAGGUCAAGCCUGGCAAUUCAAGCCUUACCGAUGGAAUGAACCAACAGUUCUCUUCCACCAUGUGAAGGGCUUUUACGUGUCAUGGGCCAAUGAUCCCCCGAACAACAGGAUCAAGGAUUGGAACGUGACCGAGUUGAAGAUUGACCAAAACCGGCGGCAUAUUGAUAAAUCAGUGGUUGCACACUUUUGGAAGAUCUUGGAUACAUGGACAAUGGCAAAUAAACCCUGGCUGAUGAAGGCGUAAACUUACGUUGCUUUCCGAUCUUGACGUUCCUGUAUCUGUAUAUUUAAUAUUCCUUCGCUGUACAGUCUCCUGCUUUACGCGCCUUUCUCUCUACUCUCUUCAACGAUCUGAUACUUGGUCUUCAUGCUCAGGUUCCUGAUCCCAAUAGACAUCUGCACCUUUCCCCAUCCUCUAGCAAUCAUGGGUCGUCAGCUAUGAAGUCAACGUCUUCUCCACGCUGGCAAUCUCGACUUUCUCAUGUGGACCUGUCCUCAAGGAUCUCUAUUCCCUCUGUCUAGUUCAUACGAUGUCAUCCGCUUGUUGUACUCACAAAACUAGUAGGAAAAAUAUUCUAUGAAAUGUUUACGCUUA